AUGAGUGUCGCAUACGAACCUAGGUCCUUCAUCCACGAGGGAGCCUAUCCCCCGAUAGGCGACGAACACGACCACGCUGCCGACCAGCGGUACACAGACUCCGAGGUCGCCGAGCAUCUUAGUCACUAUACCUCUGAUGCUGCCCUCCUGGGAGAUGAUCGAAGCAUCAUGGACGAUGGCACCAGCGUGCCGGAUGCUACACGUCUAGAUCUCGGCGCAACCGGUUUCUCCUCGCCCAUUCAAGUUUCGCUGCAUGCGCCGUCAAUACCAGAGCCCAUAUCGGAGAGCAAAGAUGCCUCACCGGGUAUUGGAUCGCCGCCUUCGUCGCGCACAAAAACGAUCCCCAAGCCCGACAGAGAUGUAGUAAAGCAGGCUGACGGCAAGUUUCACUGCCCCUUGGAGGAAUGCAAAGAGGAAAUGCGCGCAUUUUCGCGCAAGUGUGAAUGGAACAAACACAUGGAUAAGCACGAGCGACCCUACCGAUGUCCCGCCCCUGGAUGCGAGAACCUUCCAGGCUUCACAUACUCCGGAGGCUUGCUGAGACAUGAGCGAGAAGUUCAUAACAAGCAUGGGGGUCCCAAAAAUACCGUAAACUGCCCCCAUCCGAACUGCAAACGGCACACCGGCAAAGGUUUCUCGAGACAGGAAAACCUCAACGAGCAUUUGCGGCGGGUGCACACCACCGGCGACGGCACGACACCCCCGGCCGAGUCGGUUGCUUCACCGGAAGACAACGAAAGCGAGAAAUCUAGUAUGAAGCGCAAGCGCCGCUCCAGUGGACAAGGGGAUGAGCUUACGGAGCUUCGUGACGAGAUCAAGCGAGUCCGCGAGGAAAAUGAGAAGCUCAAGUCCGAGAUGGAGCAACAAUCGCAACAUUCGCUUGCCAUGAUGGCGCAGAUUGCAGAGCUUCAAGACGCGCUGCGGCACGGCAUGUCGCCGCACGGCCUUGGAGCCCCAACAGCACAGAUGAUUUAG